AUGUCGAACCGCGGCAAGCAGUUCAAGGCGCUCUCUCCAAAGAAGGUGUCCAGGAGGAAACGCACCCCUCGCUGCGACUCGUGCGGCAAGCGAGAUGGAGAGGACGCGGGCGGCGAGGGUCAACCAAAAAUCCGCCUCAAGCUGUGCGCGCGUUGCAGAGCAGUGGCCUACUGCGGGAUGGAGUGCCAGAAGGCGGGCUGGAAAGUACACCGGGAGGUGUGCGUGCACUACGCCAGCGCGGCCGAGCUUCCCUCGCAGUCCCCGUUGGUGAAUCACCAGAAGGUCUCCGGGACCGGCCAGCGGGGCAGCAGCCGGCAAGGCUCGAAAUCGGGCAACAUCGGGGGGAAUGACGCCAAGCGCCCCUCACCCGUCGGCAAGAGUCCUUCCGAGAAGCAACAGCCUCGGCAGAGUCCUGGAGCAGCGGUGGCCGCCGCCGUCAAGAUGGCAGCCUCGCGAGCGCGUCGACGGACACACAACCUGACGAAGGGCGGACGCGCCUACGGCAGCCUCUCGCCGACGCCGCCUCCCCCCGACGCCGAGGAAGUCAAGAGGAGGCGCUCCGGCUCCGGCCCCGUCCGGAGAGAGAGCGCGCCGCUCUACCCCGCAGUGCUGGAGAAAACGAAACGUCUCGCGGCAAGGAAAGAUGCCUCGCUCACGGCAGACGCUAGUCGGAGAGGACCUCCGCCGCCGUACUCUUCCGUUGCUCACCGCGCCGAGUCUGCCAGGAAGCCACCACCUUCCACCAGCCCUAAUGAUGGCAAGGCCGCGGCAGCACCCCCGCGAAGAUCUUCGUCGACCGCGGACGUCCGGCAAACUACUCGCAUCCCGCCGCCAUUGCCUCCGCGCCCUUCGGUAAGCCUUGACGCGAACACGGCGUUCCCGCGCGGCUCGUCGCUGUCGCCAGGGCUUGCCGGCGGUACUUCGACAGGAUCGCCGCAACAGCUCGCACCGGAGAACAAAGCGGGAGGAGACCAACCGGCGGGUGAGCACGAAUCGACGGCAGGGAAGGGUGUCGAGGCGCCGCGAGAGUCGCAGCUGGAGAACGAGAAACCGCAGGUUUCGAGGUCCGGCGGAGGCGGGGAGGCGGAGAUCGACGCGCUCGAGGUGCCAAAAGAAGGAGAGGGCGAGGGGACGCAGGCAGCACGGGAGGGCGGGGAGGAGGAGGAGGAGGAGGAGGAGGAGGAGGAGGAGGAGCCGACGCCUGAGCCUAGAGCUGGCGACGACGCGCAAGCGCGGGAUGCGCGCGGGGCUCCCGAAUGGGUUGUCCCGUCGCCCGUGGCUAAGGACCGCUCGCAGGACUCGGCGGCAGGCUCUCCACGGGCGCGAGAGGACGACAACGGGGUGGUUCCGGUGCAGCCGGCCCUCACGAAAGGUUCUGCACACGAAGUAUCGCAAGAUUUGGCUGCAGGUUCUGUGUUGGGUCGGGAGGGCGAUCCAGCUCUGGCGAAGGAUUCCGCCGCAGGUUCGUCGCGAGACUCGGCGGCAGGCUCUCCACGGGCGGGAGAGGACAGCAGCGUGGUUACGGUGCAGCCGGCCCUGACGAAAGGUUCUGAACACGAUUUAUCGAAAGAUUCGGCUUCAGUUUCUGUGUCGGACCGGGACGGCGACGCAGAUCUGGCGAACGAUUCCGCCGCAGGUUGGUCGCGAGACUCGGCGGCAGGUUCUCCACGGCCGCGAGAGGAGGACAGCAGCGUGGUGCCGGUGCAACCGGCCCUGACGAAAGGUUCUGAACACGAAACGUCGCAAGAUUCGGCUGCAGGUUCUGUGUUGAGUCGAGAGGGUGGAACAGCCGCCGCAGGUUCGUCGCGAGACUCGGCGGCAGGUUCUCCUCUGCCGCGGGAGGACAACGUGGUGCCGGCGAGGCCGGCCAUGGCGAAAGGGUCGGCUGGGACGGUGUCGCAAGACUCCGCUGCGGGUUCCAUGUCGGGCCAGGAGGGCGACGCAGCAGGCGUUCCCGUGCGGCCAUCGCUGGCGCCCUGCUCCGUCGAUUCCCUUUCGCAAGACUCCGCGGCGGGAUCUACGACGGCGCACGAGAACCACCAAGCGCCUGCCGUGCCACUCCCCAUGGAACCACCUCCACCCAUCCAGACGUCCUCCAAGACGGGAGCCUCGAGCCUAGCGGACACAGGAGUGUUUGACUCGUGCCCACCCUCGACCGGGGCAAGUCCAUCGGAGCCCGGCUCCCAACGAUCUCUAUCGGUCGGCACCGUGCCCCAGUUCCUCUCGAUGCCUCUCGUGCUGGCAGCCAGAGAGAAAGCUUCGGCGGCGGUGGCGGCUUGGCAGAAGGAUCGCAGGAACUCCCCUAGGCCUCGCCCUCCGGUCAGCCCGGGACCGGCGGCGCUGUCGCAGUCUUCGCCGCUGAAGUCGGCCUUCCGCUUCCGGAAGCCUUCGGCGGCGGUGGAGCACGACGACGAAGGGCCGGAGAUAACCCCCCCCUCCGCCGCGACCUUGGGAGGCGGGUCGGGGAGAAAGUUGUCGGCACCGCCCUUGUCGCGCACAUUCUCGGCGCUUUCUAGCGCGGCGAGCCAUGCAUCACCUGGGUCGGCUUCCCGGUCGGCUUCCCGGACGACGCGCCCGCCGUUCGUGCCGACCAUCGAGCUGUCCCCCCGGGCGAGCCUGCCGGCCUCGCCUCACGCCCCGGGUCCAAGGAUCACCGACACAGCGAAGUUUUACCGGGAGCGGGCAAACGCGGCGCCGGCGCCGGCGGGCGACAUCGGCUUGUUGCCCCCGGCGUCCAAGGCGUACUUCGGCCGGCCCUCCGGCUUCUCCGUGCACGUGCUGGUAGCGUCCGCUCUUUCGGCUGCCGAUCUUGGGGACCGACAGCAGCAGCACCUCGAGGGCGGCGGCAACAACAGCCCUCGACUGUACUACUCGUUCGAGGACCGCGGGAGGGUGGCGGAAGCGCUGCGCCCGGGAGACGUGGUCCUGGUCACUCCGGGGCGGUACGAGGCCCGGGCGUGGGGCUUGCAGCGCUUGGUGUCGAGCGUCGAGAUCAUCGGGGCCGGCGACGCCGGCGACUGCGUGCUGUACAACGACCGGGUCUCUUCGGGCCCCGAUGGGGAGCACUAUCUCGUCGGGGUGAUGGGGGGCGCGCUGGGCAGCGCCGGCGCCGGCGGGGCGAGCGUGCCGGAGGUCAAGGGCAAAGACGUGGUCGCGGACGACGACGACAGCGACAGCGGAUUCGAGGACGGCGCGCUGGGACCCGCGAACAGCUUGGUCCACUCCUUCAGCAGCAGGGCGGUGCGAGUGCGCCUCGCCAACCUCACCCUUGAGCAGGGCUCCGGGUACAGGGGCACGGUGUAUCAGCUCGGGCGAGAGUCGCACCUGGAGAUGGACGGCUGCACGGUGGCGGGCUCGAAGGGGGGCGUCAACAUCGACCAGGGGACCUGCAUCAUCUGCGACUCUUGGAUCUCCGGCAGCGAGGUCUUCGGCGUGCACAUUGGCGGAGAGGGCGCGGUAGAACACUGCUCGAUCCGCGGCUGCGGCCGCGGGGGUCGAGGAGGAGGAGGAGGAGAAGAAGGAGGAAAGUAUUUGUCGUCGUCCACCGUAUGUAACGCCGGGGACGAGGACGAGGACGAGGACGACGAUGACGGCACGGACGUGAAUCGGGUCGGGAGCAUGCCGGCUAUCAGCAUCCUCCAGAGCUCGCGCGUGCGUGUGCGCUUCAACGUGAUCCGAGACAACGCCGGGCACACGCUGCAGUACCGGGACGCCCCCCUACCCGGCGGGGACGGAAAGUAUGCCCUCCUGGCACGGCGAGCGGAGGCGGAGGCGGAAGAGAAGCUGAGGUCGUGGCUCGGGUCUGCAUCGGUCUUACUCCGAGAGCACCUCCAAGGGCAGCACCGUGAAGGCUCCGUCGUCUCCGAGGGCAACCAGUGCCACCUUAACAGGGGGUGCGACCUCGCGCGCUGCUCCGGAGGGGGCGCGGCAGAGGAGAUCGGAGCAGCAGCUCGGGGGGGGGCUGGCGGUGGGUCCGUGGCCUCCGGCGCUGCAGCCGAGUCCACGGCCGGCGAAGGAGAGGGUCUGGAGCCGGAAGUCGGUGGUCAGGAAAUAGGUGAAGAAGUGUCGCGUGAUGGUCCCGGCGGGGGGGAGACGCGGACGGGAACGCUGAGGGGGCAGCAGACCUGUGUCCCCACGGCGGAGGAGGAAGGGCUUCCCUUACCGGCGGCCAUGACGCUGCGAUUCCUUGCCGCGAUGGAUGAGGGCUACGUCGGUAGCAGGCGGGAGGAGAACGCCCGGUUGAAGAAGAGAAAGAAGGAGGGUGGGGCGGGCUAA